AUGUCUCUAAGCAGCCAUCGUCGUCCUGGUGUUAUAGUUAAUGGAGUCCGUAGGAUGAGAACCUACCAUUAUUUCUGGUGUCUCCAUUGCCAACGAACCAUUAGGUUCACCAAUUCAAACCCUUUUGAAACUUAUUGUCCCCAUUGUUUUCGUCAACUUAGUCACGAGCUGGAUGUCUCAAGGCCUAGGCUUCUAGCUGAUCAUGGCCUCGAACCCUACGAAACGACUACCGGGUUAUUCGAUACGCUGGCCGCUGCUCUCGACCCUUCGACCAGGCGUCAAAGCAUGGUCACUCUCGUUCAACGACCUCGCGAGCAGCCGAGUACUAUCGUUGCACCCCAGGAUACAGGCAACGAGAUAGAUGGUUUCAUCGAAGGCUUGACUGAGAACGACAGGCCAGGGCCGCCACCAGCGGCUGCUUCGGCGAUCGAAGCUUUGCCGGUGGUGAAAAUCACGGAAAACCAUCUGAUCAACGUCACUCAUUGCCCCGUUUGCAGGGAUGAGUUCCAGGUCGGUGGCGAAGCAAAAGAGCUACCGUGCAAGCAUUUGUAUCACUCUGAUUGUACCGUACCUUGGUUGAGCAUUCACAACACCUGUCCCGUUUGUCGUUACGAGAUCGGUUAUGGUAACUACACUGCCACCGCCGAUGAUGAUCAAACCGGUGAAAUGUUUUUUUGGGACAUCGGUUUCCUUGUCGACGAUCUUGCGAAUGGGCUUACCCGAUUGCGAACUCGGUUCCUUUCUUCGGGGCCUCUUCGUGCAUUCACUUACUGGACGCACGGGUAUCUCGAUUUUCUCGGUAGCAGAACCAAUGCAAGUGAUCUCUCUCGUGAGGCUAGCUCCUGGUGGCCAUCUUGGCUCAUUCUAUAG